AUGGCCUCCCAUCUUGAUCCUCAUCGUCCUGCCGCUCAAUCCGAUAGCUCGUCGUUCUCCUCGAACUUUGUCGACGUAUCACCUCCGUCUUUGGGGGAUACGGCCUCGUCGAUUCACUCCUCGAAUUCCCAGCUACCGUUCACGCCGGAUAUCAGUAGUCAUAAUAGCUCUGAAAGUGGGAAUGAGCAAUUGAAUACCUCCGCUUCAACUGUUGGUCGCCCGCAGCUUGGAUCGGUGGGAUACCCUCGAUUACAGACGCAGCUUGGUCAUGGAAAUGCGCAAGACAAUGUCGAAGGCGGAGACGGAGGAGCGCAGUUGGCCGCUGAGACACAAAAAUUCAUAAGCGUCACUGAUGGCUACGAUGAGGAAGGAUAUGACUCUGAAUUGGAAUAUAAGAACCGGCAUCGAAUGAGAAGACAAAGUACCAUGGGCACAGGCACCAAUGGCGAGUAUACGGCUGAAGAAGAGAAAGAAGUGGUGAAGAGACUGGAUAGGAGGUUGGUGUUAUUUUUGGCUUUAUUAUAUAUGCUAUCUUUCUUGGAUAGGUCAAAUAUCGGAAACGCCAAAAUUGCAGGUCUAUCAGACGAUCUCGGGCUAUCAUCUUCGCAAUAUGAAUGGCUUCUAACAUCUUUUUACAUCACAUAUAUCGCCUUUGAAUGGAUGGCUUUAAUGUAUAAAAUGGUCCCUGCACACACCUACAUCUCCUUGUGUGUCUAUGGAUGGGGCAUACUAGCAUCCUGUCAAGCAUUGACGAGGAACUUCUGGGACAUGCUCAUCAUCCGAGCAUUGCUAGGUGUGUCCGAAGCUGCCUUCGGGCCCGGCGCACCAUUUUACUUGUCUUUCUUUUACAAACGCGAAGAGCUCGCAUAUCGUACCGCACUCUUCAUAUCUGCGGCACCACUUGCUACUUCAUUCGCAAGUAGUCUGGCAUGGUUAAUUGUCAAACUGAGUAGCAGCAUACCGAUUGCACCAUGGCGGUCACUGUUUUUGAUAGAAGGGUUUCCGAGUUUGAUUGCAGCAGUUUUUGCUUGGAUCUUGAUACCGGAUUCGCCAGGGAAAGCAAGCUUUUUGACGCCUCGCCAGAGAAAGGUUGCUAGGUUGCGAUUGCAGUCGAAGAAUAAGGUUGAAAGACAUAAUGCGCCGUCUGCGGCAACAGAAAAAUUCAAUUGGAAGGCCGUGGUUGAGACGUUGUGCGAUCCGACGGCGUAUCUAAUAGCUUUUAUGUUUCUCGGCUGCAAUGUGGCAUUUAGCUCAAUGCCCGUUUUCCUUCCAACUAUCAUUAACAACAUGGGAUACUCUUCCAUAGCUUCGCAGGCUCUUUCAGCACCUCCAUUCCUGGUAGCGUUCGGAGUAGUCCUUGUAACUGCAUCAUUAUCCGACCGCUCUCGCACGCGAAGUCCAUACCUGGUCUUCCAUGCUUUGAUAUCUGCAACAGCCUACCUCAUCAUUGGCCUAACGGGAUAUCUCCACUCAUACAUGCCUACUUCGGUUCACACUAUGAUCCGAUAUCUAUGUAUAUACCCCGCUACAUCCGGCUUCUUCUCCGCAGUCACAAUCAUCAUAACCUGGAGCAUGGACAACCGCACCGCCCAAGAAGGCAAAGGCAGCAGCGUUGCCAUACUAAAUAUCAUCGGACAGUGCGGUCCGCUGGUAGGCACCAGACUCUACCCGGAUAGCGACAAGCCGUGGUUUGUGCGUGGCAUGUUAACGUGUGCUUCGUUCAUGUUGAUAGUCGCUGUACUGGCGUUCUCCUUGCGAUUGGUAUUGUUACGCAGGAAUCGGAGAAUUGCAGAGAAGAGGGAUCAGAUGGGCAUCGAAAUGGCUGAAGGGGAGGGACUGAUAGAUCGUGGUCGAGAUGGGUUGGGAACCCAGGAUGAAAUGUUUACAUAUAUUGUAUAAUAUCACCUUCUAAAUUUA